GCUCGAUUCUCCUCCCUCCAUCAGCCUCCUCUCUCGCUCCACUCACUGGCCUUUAACAAGGGUUCUGUUGCGGGACUCUUUUCGGAAUAUGUAUCAAUAACCCCCAACCGGAUAGGCCUGCUCAAAGCGAAACAACAGAAACACACUUGCCAAACUUUGAGGUGAACGUCCGGUGUUUUUGAAGCAGAAUUUUAAAACUAUCCACACUGAAAACAUGCGGAGAUGUCGAGAGGAGUACAAUUGCCAAUAGGAUCCCAAAGUUGGGACUUUUAUGUCAGGGAAUGAGAGGUUAAAAAACUUGCAGAUUUUUAUUGCUGGUAUCUGACCAUUACAUCGCUGUGCCAAACAUUGCACCCCAUCUUCUCUUCCACCCCAUCCCACACCUAAAAAACCAUCAUGACGACCUCUUCGUUACGAAGGCAGGUCAAAAACAUUGUAAACAACUACACAGAUGCUGAAAUCAAGGUCAGAGAGGCAACUUCCAAUGACCCCUGGGGUCCUCCUUCCUCACUCAUGAUGGAAAUCUCUGAUCUGACCUUCAACGUGGUGGCUUUCACCGAGGUCAUGGGCAUCAUCUGGAAGAGGCUAAAUGACCAUGGCAAGAACUGGCGGCACGUGUACAAGGCGCUUAACCUGCUGGAAUAUCUGAUCAAGACUGGGUCAGAGAGAGUGGCCCAGCAGUGCAAGGAGAACAUCUACGCCAUCCAGACCCUUCGGGACUUUCAGUACAUUGACCGGGAUGGACAAGACCAGGGCAUGAGUGUGCGGGAAAAGUCUAAGCAGCUGGUGGCUCUGCUGAGGGACGAUGAGCGGCUCAAGCAGGAAAGAUCGCAGGCACACAAAACCCGUGAGCGUGUUACAGGGAGCACCAGUGCCAUGGGUUACGGGUCUUUACCGCCACCCUAUCCGGGACGCCACCCUAGUCAGCCCAGCAUGCAAGCAGUUCAUGUGGACGAGUUUGCCAGGCCUAGGGACUCACCAGCCUCCUUCAACUCCUCGUCUUCCUCCCCUCAUCUGGCCCCAGAUCUGGAGCGGGCCCGUCCUCAGACCAGUGGAGAGGAGGAACUUCAGCUACAGCUGGCCUUGGCUAUGAGCCGGGAGGAGAGUGAGAAGACCCAUGAAUCUGUUCUCCCCCAGCCGACUCCAGCUGUGGAUAUUGAUGAACAGACGCAGCUUCAGAUUGCUAUGAGUCUUAGUAAGGAGGAGACACAUAAGCCUACUCCUCUUCCUCCUCCCCCUCCUCCUCCUGCUGCUGCGGUUAUGGAGAUGGAUGAAGAGGCACAGCUUCAGCUCGCCCUCACUCUCAGUAAAGAGGAACAUCAGCAGGAGGAGAGAAGCCGUCGGGGGGAUGAGUCUCUGCUCCAGAAAGCACUUGAGGAGAGCAAACGAGAAAUGGAGGCCAAAGGAGGAUCUGCCAUGCUGGAUCUUGCAGAUAUUUUCACUUCGGCUCCUGAACUGCCCUCUGCUGCCAGUGCUUGGGAUUCAUCUGGAGGCCAAGGUGCUUUAGCGCAGGCUGGUCCUCUGCGGUCUGACCCAUGGGAUAGUCUAGAGCCCAGCUCUUCAAUCCGCCGGCAUGGAAGCUCAUGGAAUGCACCUCCUGCAUCAAGUGAAUAUUCCCAACCCUGGGCACAUCGACAGCAAACUUCUGACCCAUGGGAUGCCCCUCAGAAUGCCUCCAGCCCUGUGUCCACGAAUCACACCUGGAUCUCCCCUGCACAUGGGGCUGGAGUGGAUCCUUUUUCUCCCCCCGUAGUGGACAGACGAGGAUCUAUUGGCCCUCUCAAAACUUCACCCCCUCGUGCAGGAAGUCCCUCAGAUGAUGAUCUUUUUGAUGAGGCUAUGGAUGGAGGCCAGGCAAAUGUGAAUGGCCAUGGUAGUCCUGAGCCUUUCAAUUUGUCUUCCCUUGGCGAAGGUCUACCAAAACCAGCUCCUCGAACCUGCAGUACUCCUGAGGCAUUUCUGGGUCCAUCUGGAGCUUCACUUGUCAACUUGGAUUCUCUGAUACCCCCAAAUCCUACUUCCAAGAACUUCAACCCAUUUUUAUCAGGAGUGCCUGCUCCGACAACCUCUAAUCCAUUCCAAAAUGAAGCACCCCGCCUGACGCUUAAUCAGAUGCGUCCCAGCUCCACGUCUCCCGCACCCUCAUCACUUCCAUUCAAUGCGUCUCUGGCCAUGGCAUCCAGCCAGCAGCCCAGCUCUUUGCCCAACACCUUCACACAGUCUGCACAGGUGAUGCCGCUGAUCCCUGGACCCCUACCGCAACCACUGCUACCACUGUCCAGCAAAACCAUGCUUGCAGAUCCAGAUACACACAAUCAGAACCCGUUCCUCUGAAAGACUACAUCCAAAAAAGGACUGUUUAACUACCGAAUGACUUAAAACUGGAACACAUUUUUAAUGGCUUUGCUCAUUUCACAGCCUAAAGGUUUUGCUCUAUGCAGUUGCUCUCAAGAGGCAUUCACACAUACAUUGUUUUUUAAUUUACAAAUAUACUUAUUUUUAAUAACAACGACCACUGGUAAUGCUUUGUGGUUGUAUCAAGUGGUUAAUUUGAAUGUUAUAUAAAUGAUCAGUUAUGCAACGCACACAUGCACAGUAGCAAACACAUGAUCUAGCAUGUUCACCUGUAUAGUUGGCCUAAAAAAAACAUCAACAUGGGGCAGACAAGUAAUAAAGCCAACAGCUACACGUUACGUUAGAGCUGUGGCAAAAAAAA